AUGACUAGGCCCGCCAAUGGGGGUGGGAGCGACUGGACUCGCGCUCAGGACCCAGCCGGAACCAGGUGGCCUGCCCUGCACAGGCGAAGGAAAGGGAACCUGCCGCACGACCUUCACCACUGCCGCCCACCCACUCCACAGAUGGGCAAGCUCCGGGCCUCUGGGCUAGAGCUUGGCGUCAGAGGUGCCGGCUCGGGGACCGCGUGGACGCGCGCGCGGAGCCCGAGGGGGGAGGGGAGCGGGAAGGGGCGAGGUGAGAACCGAGGGGCGGGGCGCGAAGGCCGAGCCAGACUCCGAGACGCCAAGGCGACGCCAGGGCCGCGGGCUCGGAGGGUCCACAGCCAGGCCGGCCUAGCGCUCCGAAGCCCGGCGGCCCGGGAGCAGAAGGCGGCCGCUCCGCGGCAGCCGCCCGCCGCUCGGUCAGCCUGGGGCGGGGAGGGGGGACACUCGGACCAGGAGAGGGGAGAACCUGGAUCGAGAGCCCCCAGAGGGGCAGGCGCGGGGUCCGGACUCGAGGCGGCGACCCCGACUCCCAGCAGCCCGAUCGAGGCGACGCGGGGCCUCGGCGGGCAGGGGGUCCUUGCGCCGCCGCGUCCGAGGGGCGCGCUCUUCCGCCCUUUCAAGGCGGGGGUCCCAGCCUCCCAGACUCCUACCUGGGGCCGUUCGAAUGGGGAGGUAAUCGUGUCCCGGAGAGGGGUGCGAUGGAGCCCAGGAGGCCGCGCGACAGCAGAGGCGACGCACCGGCCGACUCCCGAGCCCCGGAGGAGGAAAGCGCGAGGAGAAGAAUGGAGACGAGAGACGCAGAGGCGGAGGGGACCGAAGCAGAGACGCGGAGCGGGCAGGGAAGCGCGCGGCCGGCCGGGUGGGGCCGAGGUCCUGCGGGUUGGGCACGUCGGACCCCGCUCCGGGGGCGGGGGCAGCGAGACCCAGGGGAGUCCUGCAAUUCGGGGCUUGGUCGCCCGCAUCCCAGAAGCCCCCGCCCCGCCAGGGGCUUCGCGGGCCGACGCCGAGAGCGCACCGCGUCUCCCAGGGAUGGGGAGCGCCCUUCGGACCGGUCUGUCUCUCGAGACGGAGCUCCGAGGAUGCGCCGAGAGCGUCAAGGAGGCUCCGAGACACCGCACACGCGAACCCAGGGCCAGAGGGGCGGCCGCGGGGCUUAGUCCCCCGAACCGGCAGCGGGGUCGGACCUGGGACCUGCGCUGCACGGGCUGCGGGGGACCCGGGUCCGCGGGCGACUCCCACCGCGAGGGCCGGGAGGCGGCGCCAGCGACCCCCGGCAGCGCAGACCAGUCCUCCGCGGCUCUCGGAGGCCUCCCGGGCGGAGGAGAUGGCGGCCCCGGCCUUCCGGACCCAGAGGGGCGGCAGGGCCAGUGGGGGAGAGAUGUGACCACUCUCAGCCCCUUCCUUCUCGCCCAGGUGGGUCCCCUUCUUCUGGCCUGGCCCCCGACCCCCUCGGGCUGCCUGUUCCGCUCCGGCUUCGCUGUGGUUUGUGCGGCCCCUGGUGGGACACUCCGCACGCUGGGUAAUUACGGGGUAAAACCAGCUUCCCGGAGUCCCGCUGGCCCGAUCCCCGUUUGGAUCCACUUUCUGUACUUCAGCGUUAGACUUCUAGCUCCCGACCCUUACCUCAAAGAGGGAACAAGCCUCCCUUCCACCUCCCGCUUCCUUCCCACCCAGCGGAGCUUGGAGCUGGCAGGCAAGGAAGCGGCUCCCCGGCCCACCUUGUCUCUGCCUCCGCGGAACCAGGCAGUCCUUCAGCCGCGCAGAAACCUCCUCUCUGACCCCGGCGGCAGUCCCAGGCCGGGAGGCCAGGUUCGCUCCUUCCGGGUGGGCAGAUCCGAGGGUCUGGACACGGGGCCCACAGCCCCUCGCUGCCUGUGGCCCCGGCGCCACGCGGCUCCCCAGCCGGCCUGGAGCCGUGAUUGGUGCGGACCGACCCGCCGCGGCGGGCGAGCCGCCCUGGGACGUGGGCGCCACACCGUGCGUCGCUGCGCCCUGCGGUCGGUCUGGUCGCCACGACCUGGGGACCGCGCCAGCAUGAGCCACCAAAGAGUCCAACGGUUGCAUCGCUGGCAACACGUCUUUAACCAGCGUUUUAACGAUCCCAUUCGUGGUCUUUGUGCCCGGGAUCCCGGAAGUAGCCGAAUCACCCCCACCCCCACCCCGCCUCUGCCGCCCUGUAUCCGCGGGUGUGCGGUGCCGCGGGCCAGGAGCAGAGCCGCGACACCGCCCGGCUGCCCGCCUCGCGCGCAGCUGGGGACCUGCGCUGGCCCUUGCGGCCAGCUCUGCACAGGCAGGCUGGUGCACACCUCUCGGAGAGCCGGCAGCGGUCUGUCUGCUGACCGUGUGAGGCCACCCCCAGAGGGUCAGAGGGCCAGGGUCCCACGUGGAGCCCCAGCCAAGGCCUCGCUGGGCCCCCCUGUCCGGGGAAAGUGGGGGCUUGCCCUGCCCACCUACCCACCUGCCCCCAGCCAGUACCGGAAAGUGCUCCGGGAGGCUGGGGAUGGCGCCCACCUCACGGGGAGCCAGCCUGGCGACUGUCUGUGGAGCCACAAUCACCUGCGUCUCUGGUACAUUCUGGCCGAUCCUCGGAUAGGCGUAGAGCACGGCCCGGAGGCGGCAGCCUGCGCUCCGGAGGUUCAGGGGGUCCACCGGAGCGCCCCCUAA